CGAACGUCUUUCAAUAUGCUUUUUUUUUUUUCAACUGGUGGGGGGUCGGGGGUCGGGGGCACGGGUAAUAAAAUAGAGUAUAUGAAGAAUUAAAAAGAAAUAAGGGAAAUCUAGGAACCUUCAACCACUCCCUCAUUUAUUUUCUUUGAUAUUUCCUUCUAUAAAAGAGGAACAUAAUUCAAGAGAAAACCACCACUGAAAUUUCAGUUAACAUUGUAGAUUAGCAAACAAUUAUAACCAAAGUUGAGAUAUGGCGCAAGUGAAGUUGCUCGGAUUUUGGUAUAGCCCAUUUACUCACAGAGUUGAGUGGGCUCUAAAAAUGAAGGGAGUAGAAUAUGAAUAUAUAGAAGAAGAUCGACACAACAAGAGCUCUCUACUUCUUGAAUCCAAUCCAAUUCACAAGAAAACUCCAGUUCUAAUUCACAAUGGGAAGCCCAUUUGUGAGUCUAUGUUCAUUGUUGAAUACAUCGAUGAGACAUUUAAAGGCCCUUCCAUCUUGCCUAAAGAUCCUUACGACCGAGCUUUAGCGCACUUUUGGGCUAAGUUCCUUGAGGAUAAGUCGACAGUGGCAAUAGAUAUUUUGUUACACUUAGGAGAGGAGCAAGAGAAAGCUAAAGAAGAAGUUUAUGAGAUGCUGAAAGUUCUUGACAAUGAGCUCAAGGAUAAGAAUUUCUUUGUUGCUGAAAAUUUUGGGUUUGCUGACAUUGCUGCAAAUUUGAUGGGAUUUUGGCUAGGAAUUUUCCUAGAAGUCUCUGGGGUUACUGACUUAGUGACAAGUGAAAAAAUUCCGAACUUUUGUGCUUGGAGAGAUGAGUAUGUUAAUUGCAGCCAAGUUAAGGACUAUCUACCGCCAAGAAAAGAUGAAUUGCUUGUUUAUUUCCAAUUAGCUCGAGCUCGUAUUGAGGCUGCAGCUUCUGCUAAAAAAUGAACACAUCCUCGUUAUCAAUCUUACGAAGUUUCAAAUUAUGUGUUAGAAUAAGAUUGCAGACUGAUCUAGGUCGAAUUGAUGAAUUCUGUAGAUUCUAUUAUGUAUACGUAUACAAAAGAAAAGAAUUAAAAUGUACCCCCCUUGUACUCCUGGUGUGAAUUUUUAUUCUAUUAUUAAUAGAAGUUGCUACUACCAACUA